AAAUGUUACAUGCUAGGUUACAGACUGUUCGACGGGAAAGUAGUUUUAUUGAGAAUGUAUUUGUGUUUGUCACGAGACUUUAUCAACGUUGGUGAAUGUGUUGGUUUGAUUGACUUUUAUUAGGCACCAUGCAGUUUCCUAGCAAAAAACCCAGGGCUGUUACUGACCUCAAGGCUGAGCUCUAUUCACAGCCUCUGCAGUUCUAUGGACAACCUCCACUGGAAAACAUCUCCCUCUCUGAAUUUGAGAGUUUUGCUGUUGAUAGACUGAAAUUGCUGAAGACUGUGGAGAAUUUGGGAGUCAGCUAUGUGAAACUAAGUGAUGACUACUUGAGAAAACUCGAUAAUGAGAUUAGAGCGCAGAACUUUCCACACGGGGCUGGUGAUGCUAAGGACCAGACCGAAAAACGCAGAAAAGACCACAUUUCACACUUCAUUCUGAGACUGGCUUACUGUCAAACGGAAGAUCUGAGACGCUGGUUUAUUCAACAGGAAGUCGAUCUCUUCAAAUACCGCUUUAGAGAACUGAAUAGUGGUGAAAAACUAGAAUUUCUCCACAAGAAUAAUCUCCAGUACAAUACAAUUAGUGCUGAGGAGAAGGAUAAUCUGAGGGAGAAACUUACCAUCUCCAGCUAUGCUGCCAGUGGAGUCAAGGUGGAGGAACAGGAUUUCUACAAAGUUCCUUUUCAAGAUGCUCUCGACCUGGUGCGAACAAGAAAAGUGUACCUCAAAGAAGGCUAUGCAUACAUCCCUCACAACGAAAUCGUCACCAUUGUUCUCAACGAUUUCCGCACGAGGCUUUCUAAAGCUCUUGCAUUGACAGCCCGCUCCCUACCAGCGGUGCAUUCUGAUGAGCGUCUCCAACCGCUUCUUAACCACCUCAGCCAUUCCUAUUUGGGACAGGAUUACAGCGUCCAAAAAAAUGUCGGGAAAAUCUCCUUGGAGCAGAUCGAUUCACUUGCAGGAAAGUCCUUCCCGCUCUGUAUGAGGCAGCUCCACCAGGCGCUCAGAGACCAGCACCAUCUCCGCCACGGAGGCAGAAUGCAGUACGGUCUCUUCCUCAAAGGCAUCGGCCUCUCUUUGGAGCAGGCACUGCAGUUCUGGAGGAUGGAGUUCAUACGAGGCAAAGUGGAUGCAGACAAGUUUGACAAAGCAUACGCCUACAGCAUCCGCCACAUGUUUGGCAAAGAAGGCAAGCGAACAGACUACACUCCCUACAGCUGCAUGAAGGUGAUUUUAUCAAACCCACCCAGCCAAGGCGACUAUCAUGGAUGUCCAUUCCGUCACAGUGACCCAGAACUACUGAAGCAGAAGCUUCAGUCCUAUAAAGUGUCUCCCAGUGGAGUCAGUCAGAUUCUUGAGCUGGUCAAAGGGAUGCAUUAUCAGCUGGCGUGCCAAAAAUACUUUGAAUUGACCCACAAUGUGGAGGACACCGCUUUCUCUCUUAGUCACCCCAACCAGUACUUCACAGAGAGCCAGAAAGUUUUGGGCGGAGGGAAAGAUGUGAAGCGAGAAACGGACACACUGCAGAGGCCACAGGAAAACUCUGCCGCCAGAGGAUUGACUGCAGCUCGAGAGCCAGCAGUAGAUGAAUCCCAGCAUUUGGCUGAGAUAACAAAGAACCUGGAGACCGACUUUCAAGAUGCCUGAUUUCUGUUUUAAUCCACGUGGAGAUGAGUGCUGGUUUGAGGGUCAGGUCUCUUGCUCAUUGAAAACUGUAUCAUCUGACUUGCUGAGUAAGAUCUUUUGAGUUGUUCUAGUCAGUCAUGCAGUGCCUUGUUCUUUCACAUAUCUUGCUGCAUUACAGUCACGAACAUCGAUGUAUUUUUUACUAGAAUUUUAUGUGAUUGUCCAACACAUUAAAAAUGAUUUAAAAAAGGAUGACUUGCAUUUAUUUUGUUUUUACAAAUGAAAUCUGUAAAAGUUAUAAAUUUAUCUUUAGCAACUAAUUCAUCAGUACAUUAACUGCAACUACAGCUGCAAGUCUUCUGGUAUGUGUUGGAACCAAUUUUGCAGUUGUAUAUACUGAACCUUUUUCCCCAUUUUUUUUUUUUUUUACAGAAAAGUUUUAAAGUGAUUGAAAUUGACGGAGAAAGCAUUUGUAAUUAAGUUUGUACUGUAAUAUGCCCAUUUUAAAUCUGCCUAUGUAGGGUUAGGAUUGGUUUCCUAACCCUAUACCCAACCCUUAAGGUUUUUGCAGCCUUUCUUCUUUAUUAAAGUUACAUUAACAAGCCUCUAAGGCCUUCCAAAGCAGCUAGAAUAAAUUGGAGGACCCUAUUUAAUAAUUGGAUCAGAGGUAUCAGAGUUAAGGGGCUCAUGUUUGUCACACUGUUCAGAUUUUGAAUGUAAAAAAAAAAUACAUAGAAAACACAAUUUUCUUCCACUUCUAACUAAUGUGCUACUUUGUGUUGGUUCACUACAUCAACUCUGAAUAAUUUCUCAAGUUUAUGGCUGUUCUGAACACCUUAUCAAGACAUUGUUGCUAGCUUUCAGUUUCAAGCCUUGAUAUAACACAAAAUUGCAUUGUCCUACCGUUUUUUAGCUUAUUUUGUUGAGCCCGUUUGUUUUUUCUUUGCUUUUACUCCGGUUUGAACUUGGAUGGCUCACACUCCGUCUCAGUGCACACUGUUUGGCAGGGAUGUGGUUUUGGGGUGUGCUCGGUUGAACGUUCCCCUGCUGUCUCAGAAACAAUGUCAUUGUAUUUUCUGGCAGCAGCGUGGAUGAAUGGUGACAGGAGGAUGGAUGAAAAGAAUAAACAAUUUCCACAGUUGUA